UUCCGCCAGCAUUUUCUUCAGAAAACAAAUGCCUUGCUGCACAAGUCGACAAUCAACAGGUACAGAGCUCUUCACAAACUAGAACCGCAAGCUGUGAGACAUCCAUCAAGACAGAAACAACAAUUCCUACAAGUGAAGACGCAUCUCAAACAACUAAGCUACAAGUGAGCAUGAGGGAUAUCGCCGGAAGUUGUACCAAGUUGGAAGAGUGUAUGUCUCCAAAAGGUAUGCAGAGCUCUUUUGAGGACCAAAAGGAUACAGCACUCAAAAGCCAAAUGACUGAAUGUGCCUCUCUGCCUCCACUGAUGGUAUUUGAAAGUCUUCGACACCCGGUAAAAGAAACUAGCUUUAACUUUAAAGGUUUUUUCAGCACCAACAAACCAGACAUAGAAGAGGAAAAAUCCAGUGCAUUAAAAGAACCUACUGCUUUUGAGGAACAAGUGGAAACGACAAAAGAAGGGUCAAAGGACUGCAUAGAAACAACCAGCACAUCUCAAGAGCAGGGUGAGACUACUGUAAAACUUGAAGAAAAUGUGAAUGGAAAUAUGGGUGGUUGUGAAGAAAGUGGAAAAGUGACAGAUGAAACGGAUGUUAUAUUUUCAUCACUGUCAGCUGCAGAUGAAACCACCGGUGUUUCUGAAACAAAGGAUGUGGUUAAUGAAAUUCUGGAAGAAACUGAAGCAAUUAAACAGAACCAAGAAUAUAAAGAGUCUUUGAAUGUUACUCAGAUCAGUCCAAGUGAUACAGAUGAGUCAUCAUCCACUGAGAAGAAUAGUGUUUUACUACAGGACGUUUCUCUACAAGAGUGUCGUAACAGCAGUCCUGCUGUGGAUGGUGAGCGGGAUGAUAUUGCUGUGUCUAAAGGAGUUAAACAGAGACAUAUAGAAAUGCUAUUUGGCAGCAAGGAAAGGCUGAAUGAAGAGACUGACAAAAUAAAGGGAGGUGCGUUGCCUGAAGUAGAUGAUAUAGAAGUAAUAUGUCCAGGUAAUUCAAAGAAUUUUGUGAAUGACAGUCGACAGCAUGAGUUAUGCAUAGAAAAAUACACUCAUGAAGAGGAGUCACAGGUUAAAACCAGCUCCAUGUCUCCAGCAGUAGCCCCCGACACAGAUAGCAUGUGUCCUUGCACUCAACCAGACAAAACAUCCAACACCGAGCAUCCUACUACAACCACAGAGGUGCCACUCCUGUCAAAACCUGAUAAGUGUGCAGACAUGCUGACACAUCAGACAGAAUCACAGUUUACUGGUGAAAUAAUUAAAAGUGAUGCAGUGGAUGCUGGAGAUACAGCAGUACCCUCUCCUCCUGCGGCGGAAACUACAGUACCAGCACAAAGUGAUCUUUCCUCAACCACCAAACAAAGCAGUAACAGUGAUGCCAGAGAUGUGUCUGUCAUUGUACUAAAGGCUCCAGGCCCAAUGCUGAGUCACUAUGAGUCCAUUAAUGACUGUGAUAUUGCUGUAGCAGGAACCGGGGAGCAUUGCAGUGUGAACCUUGUGUGUAAGUCUGAUGCAGAGAUUGUAAAUAAUGCAGACAAAAUGAAUCAACAGUCAAAUGUAAAUGAAAGCAUGUUAAGAAAACAAAAUGCAGACGAUCCCUACACUGUUGGUGUCUCUGCACAGGAAAUUGCAGCAUCAUCUGGGUCCUUUCUGCUCACAACUGACCGACUAGAACAGACAGGUUGUUCACUGCUAAUUUCAACAACCCCAGAUAUUGUUGGAAAUGCAAAGACGAAAGAGAUUGAAGCAUCUACGGGCACUGUAGAAUUUGAUAAGGGAGAAGGACAUGUACAUUCUAAAUAUGAAAAUAAUUUAUGCAAUGUAUCUACAAAUGUUACAACAGACAAUGAGUUAAAUCAUGAAGACGAAUCUGAAAGAUUCAAGCAGGUGAAAGGAGAAGGUCACAGCAAGGAGAGUGUGAAGGAAACUGAAGAAGAAUCCAGUGGAAAAAAUGAAAAUAGUGCCGCACAGGAAGAAGGAAAUGAACAGAAAAAAUGGAAGCAGGAUGAAAGAAAGGAACAAGAAGAAAUGGAUUUUAGGGAGCAGAAAGACAAAAAUAACUCUGAAUCAACACCUAUUGUCCUAAUGAGUCCUAAUGAUGACCUCAAAUGUGAUUCGCUCCUGAUGCACUUUCCGGGCGAAACACUUCUGACUGAAGAACCUGAUCAUUAUGUGUCUGUAGACAAUGUAAGAAUUAAUAAAGAUGUAUCCGAAGGGUUCAGGCAGGUGAUGGGUGGAGAGCAAAACAAGGAGUGUGUGAAAGAACAUGAGAGAGACAAUGUAAAAACGGUCUCAGAAAAGGACAGCAAAGAAAGGAAAAAUACCUCUGAAGAACCGGAUAAGACUGCUGCAAAAGAAAACUUUGAUCAAACACAAGGAGAGACCCAGACAUUAAUAAAUCAUUUCAAGUUAUCAGGAGAAGAAAACUUAUUAAAUAAACCCAUUCCAAGAGGAAAAUUGCAGUCUAGUUUUGUGCCUGAUCCUGAUUUUCCCGAGAGAGACCACACACAAGAUCCGAGGGACUUGAGCCAGUCAGAUUUGGUAUUUUCCCAAUCCCAAGAGCUUCAGCAGCAACAUAAGUUUAUGAGUGUCCCAGAAGCAGUGUUAAGUGUGGGUAAAAGAAAUGGUUUCGAAAAUGCCGAGACCAACAAUCAUGCAGAUGCUGAAGCAAGUGAAAUGCAAGAUAAAGUGAUGGUGUAUUGUAGUGCAGAGGCUCAAGAUUCGCUAAACAGCACAUCAGAGAGUGCCAUACUGGUGGGGAACAAUGACACACAUGUUGCUGUGUACAAUGUAUGUCCACAGAAUGAAGAGCAGAGUAUGCAAAAAAUAGAUCUUAGUGGUAUUUCAAGUGAAAUUCAAACACAGCCGGCUCCAAACUUGUCUAUCACAGCAUUGUCGGCUUCUGAAACUCAAGUAGUCAAAAAGGUUAUAGAGCCUACAGAGGCAAAAGAGCCUUCAAUCUCAGCAUCCCAGAAAAGUGUGACUAAACAUGCAGAAUGUACCAAAUCACAGACUAGUGUGGACGAGCAUGUAAAUGUGUUGGAUGAAAUCCUUGACACCAAGAAAGGCUCAGAACCUCCUAUAAAUUACUCAAGUGAAUUCUCUGUGCUUCCCAGCCUCUCACACCAUGCAGAAGGACUAAAGACAAAUGAGAAAUGUUGCGCUUCUGUUACGCCUGGAGACAUUGGAAACACUGCGAUCUGUUGUGAUUCAAUGAGUGAUAUUGCACAGAUGUCUCCUGAAGGAACUUCCCAACUUCAGCAAACGAAAGAGUUAGUUGUUCAGUCCUCUGAUGAGCAGCUCUCCACCACAUUCACUUUAUCUGCUUCUGUGCUCCAAGAAAGUAUUGAAGAGGAAAAAGAGAUAAGUGUGGACCAUGCUUCUAAAGAUGCAGUAGAGUCCAAUGCUCCUAAUUCCUCUCAGCAAUCUGAGACAGCCGUCUGGAGGAUGGAGCAGCUUAAUAAGCAUUUGUCAGAGCAAUUCCCAGUCCGUACCCAAAUCACAGAGGAGCAGGAUACACAGUGUUCUGAACAGCAGCUCAUGCAGUCACAACAUGUAAGAACUUGUUCAGGCUCUGAAAACACAACCAGUACUAUGAAAGCAGAAGACACUGGUUCAAAUGACAGAAAACAGCCAGAAGGAAUUCAAGAAAAGAUAAAUAAACAGACAGAGGACGAAAAAGAGAAUAAGACCGUUGAAAAAGAAUGCAUAGAGAUGUCCAAAAGGGCUGAACCUAAGUCCUCAGAGACUAUAGUGAAAGAAAGCAUAUCCAAAGAAAACCAAAGCAAGCUGGAGGAGCACUCUUUAUCCUCCCCUGAUGAAGCAAUAGUCGGUAAUGUAGACCAGCCAAUAGAGGAAGUCACUGAUGGGACACUGAUUGAAAUGAAAAAGGUUGCGUCAUUGUUAUACCCUGAGACCGCUGUCUACUUGGUGACUGACCCCCAGGAUUCCCUUCAGCAACCUCUCACAGGCAAUCAACAGUCUAGUCAGCAGCCCAAGUCUUUUAUUCAAAUUUUAUGUGAAACUGUCACAGAUACAUCUAGAAGUAGUCGCAAGCAAAAUCCUGACACAGCAGAUAGCUAUUGUGGAGACAUAGAAUCGCUUCUUACUGAAAAAGCAACACUGAAAGAUUACAGUGAAAUUAGUGAAGAGGAAGUCAGCAAGGUGUUAGAAUCUGCAGAUGUGUUUCUGGGUUCAGACCAGGUAUCACCAGUUAAAGACAGUUCAGAUAGACAAGACCUAAGUGUAGUCUCUGUACCUGAGAGUUCAGUCAACUCUUCUGACAGUUCUGAUUGGCUCAAAGCUCCGAAGGAAACAGCCUCCAUGUCUCAGAUCAUUCCAGAGCACAGAGAUGAGACUACCUGUGGAGCUACAGAAAACAGACCAUUUGAGACCCUUGGUUCGCCUCAGGCUGAACUAGAAUUCCGAACCCCAACUGAGGAAUAUUUCCCCCCUGCUCCUGAGGAGAGUUUGCCCUUUGCUACUGAGGAGAGUCUUUCCACUGCGCCUGAGGACAGUUUUCUCUCUGUUACUGAACAGCCAGAAGAACAAGAAGACUGCAGGCCCCCUCUGAUAAAAGCUGCUGAGAGGAGUGAGCCUGUCGCCUCUCCCUCAUCACCCCCACCACAGCACAGCAUUGCUCCUGCCCUCCCUGCCCACCUGCUGCAGGACACAGUCGAGUUCCCCACACCACCCCCUACCCCUCCGGACAGGGCUGCCCCUGAGCCUCAGACCUUUCCUCCUGCUCCUUCUGAUAUACCUGAGUCUCCCCCUCUGCCUCUUCAAAUCCAACAGCUCCAGCACUCUGAACCUUCAGCAAGGAGCUCAGACUCAGACGGAGCAUUCGAAACCCCUGAGUCCACAACUCCUGUGAAGUCUGCUUCCCCACCACUGCCCCCAGCAGAACACCCCUGCACCAGCUCAGAGGCAUUGUCCCCAAAACACACAGCUUCCACUGCUGACAUCUCGGCCAGUGAAGCUCAAGACCCAGAACUUAAACCUGCCAGUCGCUCUCAAUCUACAGUCUUUGAUGAAGACAAACCAAUAGCUGCUAGCGGUGCCUACAACCUAGAGCACUUAAUCGCCAAUGACCCUUUACUGGAACCAAAUUUUGGGUCUGGAUCAUCAAGCCGAGCGCCUCUCACCCGCUCUCUAAGCCUACAGUCGGGUGAGUUAGAGAGCCCAGGAGACAAAUCCUCAGUAGGAACCUCCAACAAACCCAUUCACCCACGAACAGAGUCCUUCAGUAUAGGAACAGAGAGCGCUCCGGGAACCCUUCGUAGAGUGAAGAAGCCCCGUCCAGGGUCACUAAAGAAGAAGCCUCUUUCCAGGCAGAACUCAAACCCAGAGCAUUCUUCCCCUAAAACUGUGUCCUCUAGUAGCACACCGGAGGAGAAAAAGAGAGGGAAACCCCAUCCUGAAAGCCCUUUGCAAACCCAAGAGCAGCCUAGUUCUUCUCCCAGCCCUAGUCCUAGUCCUGCUGGUACCCUACGGAGAAACAGGAUAAAGUCUCGAGUUGAGAGUCCUCCGCCUUUGGCUGAGGAGAUCACUAACGCCUCAAUAUCAACUCAACUCCAGCCGGAGCUUCCUGACCCAGUACCAGAGGCUCCUACUGUCCCAGACGAAGAGUCUCCUAUCCCUCCCAGUGCCUCCUACAAAUGGGAUCCGGACAACUUUGAGAACAUUGACCCAUUCAAUACAGGAGGCAGUAAAGUGGCAAACUCGCCAGUCUUAGGCAGGAAAGCUGACUUUACAUUGGUUUCAGGCACCCCUGUUGCUGUAGAGGAGCCCUGUAUCCCUUCCCCUGCUAAAGAGCAACCCUUAAACAUUGAGGAACAACCAAUCGCCAAGCGUCAACCAGUCAGACUGGAGUUUGACUAUUCAGAGGACAGCGGAGAGGUGCCGCGCAGUGCUCCUCCUAAAAUCCUGGGCAAGAAACCAGGUGCCAAGAUGCCCAUCCGAAAGCCAAAACUGGGGAUUAAGAAGGCCCCUCCUCCCAAGACUGAACAGCUAGACAAUUCACCUGUUCCAGCACUUUCAAAUGACAAUGAUGAUAUCCCAAUCCCUAAGGCGUCAUAUAACUUUGACCCCAGCAAGUGGGAUGACCCUAACUUUAAUCCAUUUUCUUCAAGCAGUGGUGUCCCGAACUCUCCUAAUCUGUCUAAAGGAUCCUACAGCUUUGAUACUGACUCAUUUGAUGAUUCAAUCGACCCCUUCAAAUCGUCUAACAAUAUGGGAAACCCCCCAACGAAAGCUGCCUCUUUCGACCAGUCCAAUAAUGAGAAUGAUAACAUUGUUGAGUUAGAGGAUCACAACCAGAACAAACCUGCCAAAAACAAAAAGAAGCCUCUUAAAUCUAGUACUUUCAGAGUGAAGAAGUCUCCAAAGAGGACUCAGAUUACCGAGCCAUCUGCACAAUGUUGUCCUGUGUGUUCUCCACUCUCGCCCUCCACUUCACACACACAUCAUCACCUGCAGGAGGACUCGCCCGAUGCCAAUCCUGACCUUUCACAAGAUCAUGCCACAGAUGAGGAGAAACUGGCUUCCUCCACCAAUCAGAAAUGGACUAGACAUGAUGUAGAGGUGGAGCUGAACUCUGACGUCCAAGACUACCCGCAGCCAACAGACUUCACAGCUUUUGUCAAGGAGAACAAUUUGCCUGCGCCGAGUGACGACUAUGAGAUUGAAUACAUGGAAAAGAUUGGCUCCUCUGCACCUCCUCUCUCAGUGAAGAAACCAUCACUUUAUCUGAAACUGGACUCUGUGACAGACAGUCCAAAGAAGACCUCCAACAUGCACGAUUCAGAGCCCAACUCCCCCUGCACCGGGAGCUUUGAGGAGAUGGAGGCUCAGAUCUCGCAGGGGAAAUCACCUGUGCUGCCACCUCGUGGCGCUCGUGACCCCAUGGCCUCAGAGAAAAGCAGAAAGAGGGACAGUCAGUCUCAGAGUCGAACGCAGAGCAACGAGAGAGAUGGAGUGUCCCCCAUCCAGGGCCCCAUGGACCCCUCAGAUCUGCCCCUCUUAGACAGGCUGUCUGAUUCACCCACCCCUCUCAGCUACCUGGAGCCUGAUCUGGCAGAGACCAACCCCACUGCCUUCGCUCAAAAACUGCAGGAGGAGCUGGUGCUCGCAGCCCUGAGGAUAGAGGCUCUACAGGUAGCCAAAAGCAUCUCACAGAGCCCUACUUUGUCCACUGUGUCCCCUCAGUCUCGCCUCAAGAAGCCCAGCCCACGCCGCUGGAAUCUCAACGGUUCCCACAUGGCUAAAAAAGCUGCAGGAAAAUCCACACAGACAGAUAGCAAACUCUGUCACAGGACGUCCCGCAUUCCACAGAGAGAAAUGGCCUCACCGGGGGACAGUGGCGUUUCGAAGAGCUCCCUCUAUUCCCGAGCAUCAUACAUUGAAGGGGAAAGCCCUCAUCUGCCACAUGACCUGGACCACUCUCUGGUCAUCGCCCGAGAAGAGGUUGUUUUGAAAGAGAAAGAAGCCAUGGAAUGGAAGAGAAAAUAUGAGGAGAGUAGACGGGAGGUGGAGGAGAUGAGGAGGAUAGUUAUGGAGUAUGAAAAGACCAUUGCAGAGAUGAUCGACAAAUCUUUCGUACCUACGGACCCCAAAACUGAGGGUGAACAGAGGGAGAAGACUUUGUCUCAUCACACUAUCCAACAGUUGAUCCUGGAGAAAGACCAGGCUUUAGCUGAUCUCAACUCUGUGGAGAAAUCUCUUGCUGACUUGUUCCGGCGUUACGAGAAGAUGAAAGAUGUUUUGGAAGGCUUCCGCAAAAAUGAGGAAGUGCUGAAGAAAUGUGCGCAGGAAUACCUGUCUCGUGUCCGUAAGGAGGAGCAGCGCUACCAGGCCUUGAAGAUCCACGCUGAGGAGAAACUGGAUAAGGCGAACGCUGACAUCUCUCAGGUGAGAGCCAAAGCCAAGCAGGAGCAGGCAGCGCAUCAGGCCAGUCUGAGGAAAGAACAGAUGAAGGUGGACUCACUGGAGCGCACACUGGAACAAAAGAACAAAGAGAUCGAGGAACUGACCAAAAUUUGUGAUGAAUUGAUUGCCAAGAUGGGGAAGAGCUAGCCGUCCAAUCCACAGAGUUCUGUCCAAACCACAAGGAGACACAAGAACAAUGACUGGACAACAGAGUAAAGACAGAGGAGCAAGACUAAAGGGUUCGUUAUUGUUUUUCCUCUUUCUUAUGGACAGAACAAUGAACCAAUUCAACAAAAGAAUCUCACACUACUGACGUCUUCACAUAAACUGGAGUCCCUACGACUGGGAGGACACACUAGAUUCUGGCUGUAAUUAUUUUCUCUUCAUUUUGAUGUAUUAAUGUACACCAACUUACCUGUGUUGAGGGUCUUGUGAAAGUACUCCCUAUUAGUAGAGACUUUUUUGAGAGUCUGUAUCACACACACAGACAGUGAGUAUGUGUUAAAGUGAGUCUGAAGUUAUGAGUGUCGAUGCCAUGACAACCGCUGAUCGAGUCGACUGUUAAACUGAUUGCUGUUGUACCCUUUUCUUAACUUGAAAGCAGAAAUGACAAGAGAGAAUAUAUAUAUAUAUAUAUAUAUAAUAUAAAACGGAUGAAUUAAUCAUUCAGUUGUCACAAAGUGGUAUUCAUGAUCAUGAUUAUAAAAUGCAUGUUGUAGGCCUUGACGGUUUUGUAAAUAUGAAAAUGACUUGAAUAGAGUAAAGGAAAACGACUGCAGAUUUUGAUACUGUUAGCUUGAUCUGCUUCCUUGUGUAUCUUUGUAGAUACUUGUUGUUCAUUUGUUUCGUUGUCUUUUAGCAACACUGAUGUUUGAUUUUAUUUUUGGAUUUUAUUUUGAUAUAUAAAAGAACCCACUUGUUACGGUCAGUGGUUCUGAGCUAAUUUAAUCUGAAUGGUUUUGUCUCAGUCCUGCUAUAGCUGAUGUUUCACAAUGCAGAAGCUCUGUCAUUUAUACAGGACAUGCUUACUAAGUGCAAUAAAAGAUGGCAAUACA